AUGCUCUUUAAUUGGGAUGGAAGAAAGCUGACUUACUUGUUUUUCCAUUUAAAUAAUUACAUGGACAAGGCCACUGGCUUUUCCACUCAGAUCCUGCGCUACUUGGAAUCACUACCCACUGUCUCAACCACGAGCGGUAGCAGCAGAAGGACCCACGAGUGCUCAAUUUGCCACAGGCGUUUCCCCACUGACCAGGUCUUAGGUGGUCAUAAAAGACGCCACUACGAAGGUGGCACAGCGAAUAACAACGGCGCGGUUGGCAGGAGUACUGCACUGAGUUCAUUGGAGGGUGUUGGCUCCACUGUCAGUCACCGGAACUUUGACUUGAACCUCCCAGCCUUACCGAAAUUUUGGCCGGGAUUCAGCUCCGGUGAAGAUGAAGUUAGAAGAGAGAGUACAAAGUGA